AUGGCUCGCACUAUACAAGAAACCCUUGCCUCGGGGUCCCUUAGCGAUACAGCAAGCUCCCAGAAGCCAGUACAAUAUGUGGAAACGGUCGAGGCAUACAACAGAUGGGCGGAGGUUUAUGACACAGACGGCAACUUUCUACAAGCUCUCGACACCAUUGAAAUGCAACAACUACUGCCACAGCUCUUGAACAAAGUAGCCGCCAACACACAGCCAGGCCCGGCGAAACUAGUCGAUUUAGGCUGUGGUACAGGCCGGAAUACUCGCCAGCUACUGAAGUUCGCGCCUCAAGAUGCCCAUAUCGUUGGGCUGGAUGCUUCGCCGGGGAUGCUGGAUGUUGCUCGGACGGCUAUUGAUAAAGAGAAGGAAUUGGAUCCUUCUCUUGCUAAUAGGGUCUCGUUGGAGAUUUAUGAUUUGCUUCGAUCGCCCCCGGCACCGCCAGAGUGUAGCCUGGGCGCGGCUGGUGUUAUUUCAACGCUGGUUUUGGAGCAUAUUCCUGUGGACCGGUUCUUUGAGGGCGCGGCUGCGGUGAUGAGACCUGGCGGGUAUUUUCUUCUGACCAAUAUGCAUUCUGAGAUGGGGUCAAUUAGCCAGGCGGGGUUUGUGGAUACGGCGACUGGGACGAAGAUUCGGCCGACUAGUUAUUCUCACACGAUUGAGGAUGUGUUGGGUGCUGCUGAGAAGGCGGGCUUCGAGGUUGAAGAGUUGGGCGGGGAGCGCGUCCGCGAGAGAAAAGUAAACGAGAUGAUGGUACAGGAUUUGGGCAAAAGAGCGAAUAAGUGGAUUGGUGUCACGGUGUGGUUUGGAAUCUGCUUCAGAAAGCGGUUGUGA